AUGUCGGCGGUGUCGCGCCGCGCCGCGUUCGACAUCGGCUCGGGGGCGACCAAGCUGAUGAUCGCGGACGUGGUGGGCUCCGCCAUUGUCAAGGAGCACUUCGCGCAAGAGGUGCCGGUGGCCUUCGCAGUGGACUGGAAGCAGUCCAGCGAUGGGAACCUGAGCGCCGGCAUCCAGGAGAAGGGCCUGGCGGUGCUGCGGCGUUUGCUGGAGGAAUGCGCGCGCCACGAAGUGCCACCUGGCGCCAAGUGCGCCGUAGCCACCGAGGUCUUCCGCAAGGCAAACAACGGCUCCGCCUACUUGGACCUCGUGCUGCGGGAGCUGUCGUUGCCGGUACGUGCGCCUCGGUUCUAG